AUGGGUGGCAAGAUCUGGGUAGAAGCAAGCCUCAUCUCUGCUCGAGGCGUUAGGCGUUCUUCCUCCCUCUGGAAGAGGCAGUGGUUUGCUGUUGGUUGGAUUGAUCCCAAUAACAAGUACUGCACCAACGUUGCAAAAGAUGGCUCCGGAAAUGCAAACCCGACAUGGAAAACCAAGUUUGCUACUUUGCUGGAUGAUACGAAUUUCCAGGACAUGGCACUAACUGUUGAAGUGUACAGUCGAGAGCCCAUUUUCCUCAGGGAAAGCCUUGAAGGAACCGCGACCAUCCUCCUGAAAGAGUUUCUGGCAAAGUACAGCAGCAAGAAGAACUCCUCUUCCUCCUCCGGGUCUGAAGAAGUUGGGAGCUACCAGCUGCGGAAACGAAACUCUAACAAACCCCAGGGUUUUGUUGAUGUUUCGAUCCGUAUCUCCGAGGAAAGAGAAGAACCCAGUUCAUACCUGGCUACAGGUGGUGAUGAAGGAAUUAUACCGAUAGGCCACGGAAAUAAUCCCGAGCAUGGGGUCUAUCCAAGGGAGCUGUCACCUUUAGGCCCUUCCUGGAAACCUCAACAUCGCCCAGGCACCAAUGGAGGAGGUGGUCUACCUAUAGAUCAUGGAAAGAGUACAGGGCAAAUGGCCUACCCAAGGGACAAGCCGCCUUUAGCCCCAUUCAGGCAGCCCCAAUAUGCAUCGUCGAACUCUGAGUAUACUAAUCAUGUACCUUACCCUGCUGCAAAUCAUCCCAUCCCCUCUAUGGGACAACCUAGCUACCCACCACCAGUUCAUAGGACGGUGACUCCUCCCCCGCCGCCUCCUCCAGCUAAUGUUGGUUACAUACCAACCUUUCUUCCAAACUCAGAGUACAUAAACAUGCCGGCAUCUGCAGCACCAACUAGAGGAGGGGCAGCAAGACCGUCGGCUGCUGGUGUAGCCAUGGGAGCUGGAGUUGGAGGAGCUCUUGCUGCUGGUGCUGUGAUCUUCGGAGAUGAUUUCAUGUCGGGAUUUAGCAUCCCAUCAAGCUUACCAGAUCCUAGUCUUACAAUAUCUAUGGAUCCUACUUUCUGA